AGUGUGGGAAUUUGUGCAGACCCCAAAGAUAUUGCCAUUGUGACCAGAGGGUUUUGGCUAGUCCAAAAAUGUCACUGACAUUCAUUUGGAUAUCACUUGUCAGCGAUUAAAGAUGGGCUAUUGGGGGGAACUCAAAUCCUGGGUCCUACGAGAUCCUGCCAAAUUAAUACGCUACCUUGUGCUCUUUGUGUGCAGCAUUGUGGUUAUUGUGCAGCUCUACGAAUGCUUCUCCAAGCUAUCGGAUCCACCCAUAUCAACACAUUCCUACUACAAUGUGAAUGAGACUAUUGAAAUGCCUGCGAUUACGAUCUGUCGUGAACCGCCUUAUAAGGAGGACACUUUGACUAAUUUAUCGAACGGCGGCUGUCCACAUCCUAAAUAUGCAACCUGCUGGAUGAAUUAUCCAUAUGAUGAGCUGCCACUUGAAGAAUUUUUCAUGAACAGCACCUUCGAACAGGAUCAAACCUUCUAUUCAUAUGGACUUAACGGUGAUCCGAUUAAUGUGGAUAUCGAUAGCAGCUUGCACUUUUACAUGGGCAGAUGCUACACUUUGCGACCAAAGAUAGCCAUGAAAAGGGUCAGCAAGCAAGUGGGAUACUCCAUAGUGCUGGAGCACAAUCUAUUCCAAUCGCUGAGUGACAUAGAUUUGAUCUCCGGUGCAGGCUGGCACGUUUUUAUACAUGACAAACGAGAGAAUUUUACGGAGAUCAACAUGAAGGGCUCGGGACGUGUGGAAUACGUGUUUGUGAAUAUCAGAGAAGAGAUCGAGGUCAAGCUGCAGAGUCAGAUCUUCUCGAAUGUGGAGAAACGCGAUGAAGCCUGUUCAACGCAAGAUGGUUACAGUGAUCUUAAGUGUGGCGAAGUUUGCAUUUGGAAAGAUCUGACAGAUGAGGUAAAUUGCUCAGGUCCUUGGAUGCAUGAUAUAGAUCAAGAACCUUGCAGCAACAGCGAUUCCAUGCGCACUCUCAUCUCGGAUUACAGAGCUGUCUAUGAAGGCGACGAUGACUACAACUGCAAUUGUUUGCAGCCCUGCGAGUCUCGCAUCUAUACGACCUAUAUACAAAGUCGAAAGACGUUUGACCAACCUGAACCACGAACCCUUAUCUACAUUUACUACACAACCAAGUUGAUAUCGCAGAUGAUUGAAGAACGUCCCAGCUAUGAUACCACACAGUUUAUAGCCGAUGUUGGCGGUUCAUUGGGCUUUCUUCUGGGACUCUCUGUGCUGGGAUUAAUUGGCAUAUUGGAGCAUCUGACGCUGUUCUUCUGUGGCGACUGCAUCAAGCGUCUGCAGCAGAAGAACGAGAAACGCGCCCAAGCUGAAAAUUCUGAAGAUGCGCAUUCACAGUCCAGUGAUGAGACGCUAGACGUGGAUUCUGUAUACAUUGUGGACAAGGAGACGCUGAACAAAUAUUGACAGCCAGCUGGCUUGGUUUGCCAAUUAGUAAUAGAU